GACAAGUAGACAAAGUCUAUAAUGACAGCUUCGAACCUCUAGCCUCCAAACAAGACACAUAUAUCAUCCCUUCAUAAAAGAGUAUUCUCCUAUACAGAUAAUAGAUCAGAUUGAAUACAUCAACCCAACAAAUCCCACUUGAAAACACAAAGAAAAAAAGAAAGAAAGAAAGAGAGAGCUAUAAUGUCAUCUAAUAUCAACACCUCCAAAGGCUCAACAGUAGGAAAUCCUAUUCAUUGCAAAGCUGCAAUAGCGAGAGAAGCAGGACAACCAUUGGUGAUAGAGGAGGUCGUAGUUGCGCCCCCAAAAGCUCAUGAAGUUCGGAUUAAGGUUCUUUGUACUUCACUAUGUCAUACCGAUCUUACCUUAUGGAAAUUAAAGGAGUUUCCUGGAUGCUUUCCAAGAAUUUUAGGCCAUGAGGCUGUUGGGAUUGUAGAAAGUGUUGGAGAUCAAAUAGAUGAAGUAGUGGAAGGUGAUAUUGUAAUACCAGUAUUCCUAGCAGAUUGUGGGGAAUGCAAAGAUUGCAAGUCUAGUGAGAGUAAUUUGUGUUCCAAUUUUCCAUUUACACUGACGCCAUUUAUGCCAAGGGAAGAGACAAGCAGAUUCACCGAUUUGAAUGGGGAAACUCUCUUUCAUUUCAUGUUUGUUUCAAGUUUCACCCAAUAUACUGUUGUGGAUAUUGCCUAUCUCGUCAAACUUGACUCAUCCAUUCCUCCCAAUAGAGCUUGCCUUCUUGGUUGUGGGGUUUCCACAGGGAUAGGUGCAGCAUGGAGAACUGCUAAUGUAAAACCUGGAUCAUCAGUGGCUAUAUUUGGGUUGGGAGCUAUUGGCUUGGCGGUGGCCGAGGGAGCAAGAAUUUGUGGAGCAACUAAAAUAAUUGGUGUCGAUAUAAACCCAGAAAAGUUUGAAAUUGGUAAAAAGUUUGGGAUUACUGACUUUAUCAACCCUAAUAGUUGCAAGGACAGAUCUGUUACUCAGGUUAUAAUUGAGAUGACAGAUGGAGGUGCAGAUUAUUGUUUUGAAUGUGUUGGCUUGGCAUCAUUGGUAAAAGAUGCCUACGCUUCUUGUCGAAAGGGAUGGGGAAAAACGAUUGUGAUAGGUUUGGACAAGCCAGGUGCAGAAUUGAGCCUAAGUUCUAUUGAUGUGCUGUGUAGUGGUAAAACUCUUUUAGGGUCUUUCUUUGGAGGACUUAAAGCUAAAAUUGAUGUUCCUACUCUUGCAAACCGUUACCUUGCCAAGGAAAUUCAACUUGAUGACUUUGUAACGCAUGAAAUGAAGUUUGAUGAAAUAAACAAAGCAUUUGAAUUGCUCGAAGAAGGAAAGUGUGUACGAUGCGUUUUAUGGAUGGAUUAAUAGAAAUGUUUUUUACGUAAUGAAAAACCUAGCAAAUGUGCGAGUACUAUGAAAGAAAAAAUAAUACAUCAGCUUGGGCCAUGUUUUUAUGAAUUUGUUACCGUUUUAAAAGUCCUUCAAACAAAUCAUUAUGGUCAUCAAAGACUUGUUGUCUUUUAAUUUCUUUGAUUGAUAACUAAACUUUAUUUUAUGAAUUUUAGUCAAACUAACUUAACU